CUCACUAGUUUAGCAGCAGGCUAACACGGAGAGACGAGGGCUGCUCCCUUUCGCCUCUGCUCAGUCUGCCCUAACACCAUACAUUCCGCACCAUGGCUGCCACGGACGUAGACGUAUUUUCGAAUGAAGAGAAGCGUAACCUGAGUUUGGGCGGACAUGUUGGAUUUGACAGCCUCCCUGACCAACUGGUCAGUAAAUCGGUCACGCAGGGAUUUUGUUUUAACAUUCUCUGUGUAGGGGAGACUGGUAUUGGCAAGUCAACGUUAAUGAACACACUCUUCAACACCAUGUUUGAGAAUGAAGAGGCGAGCCACUAUCAGAAUGGCGUUUAUCUGCGGCCGCGAACAUACGACCUGCAAGAAAGCAACGUCCACCUCAAACUGACGAUCGUUGACACCGUGGGCUUCGGUGAUCAGAUCAACAAAGAGGACAGUUACAAGCCCAUCGUUGACUACAUCGACACUCAGUUUGAAAACUAUCUCCAGGAAGAGCUAAAGAUCAAACGCUCGCUGUUUAACUACCAUGACACCAGGAUCCACAUCUGCCUUUAUUUCAUCGCCCCGACAGGACACUCCCUAAAGUCCCUGGACCUCGUCACCAUGAAAAAACUGGACAGCAAGGUCAACAUAAUUCCCAUCAUUGCCAAAGCGGACACAAUCUCAAAGAGUGAGCUCCAUAAAUUCAAAAUAAAGAUUAUGAGUGAGCUGGUGAGCAAUGGUGUCCAGAUAUAUCAGUUCCCAACAGACGACGAGGCCGUCAGUGAGAUCAACGCCUCCAUGAAUGCCCAUCUGCCCUUUGCUGUGGUUGGGAGCGUGGAAGAGGUCAAAGUGGGGAACAAAACAGUGAGGGCCAGACAGUACCCCUGGGGUGUCGUGCAAGUUGAGAACGAGAGUCACUGCGACUUCGUAAAACUCAGAGAGAUGCUGAUCAGGGUCAACAUGGAGGAUCUGAGGGAGCAGACCCACGCCCGCCACUAUGAGCUGUACCGACGCUGUAAGCUGGAGGAAAUGGGCUUCAAAGAUACAGACCCCGACAGCCAGCCAUUCAGUCUUCAGGAGACAUACGAGGCAAAGAGGAAAGAGUUCUUGGGGGACCUGCAGCGUAAAGAGGAAGAAAUGCGACAAAUGUUUGUCAACAAAGUGAAAGAGACGGAAGCGGAACUGAAAGAAAAGGAGAGAGAGCUGCAUGACAAGUUUGAGCAGCUGAAGCGGAUGCACCAGGAGGAGAAGAGGAAGGUGGAGGAGAAGCGGAGAGACCUGGAGGAGGAGAUGAACGCCUUCAACAGGAAGAAGGUGGCAGCCGAGACGCUCUCCCUAUCUCAGCCCCUCAAGAAGGACAAGGACAAGAAAAAUUAAUUUAUGGCCGCUCUACACCCUCCCACACACGACCAUGGAUUUGUCCUCCAUCUCCAUAGCAACGACAACACCUGUUUAUUUUGUUUGUUUUGUUUGUUUUUCUUUUGUUUGUUUUGACAUUCCAUCUUGACAUUGUGCACGUGGACCAAAGACACUGAGGAUGAUGAUGACGAUCAUGAUGAAGCCACAGGGGAGUAAAAGAGUGAAAGAUGGUGAGAGAUAAUGAGGAAAAACAAAUGUUCACCUGCCAACAGUGGCCAUCUCAUUUAUUCAGGAUCUUUCAUUCUAUGCUUUUUUGGACACUUUUUUAUAUAUAUGCAUUUUGUUUUUCUAUGUUGUGAUUUAAAGAUUUUCUGUUGUGUUUUUUUGUGUUUUUCCAUCAACUAUUCACACAGAAACGAGAGGUUGGUACUGCAGUGUAACACAGUGGUCAAGUUAUUUGAAACAGUUCAAUAUGUAUUUAAAGAAUUAGGUUGUGCUUGAUUUCAUGACAUUUAAAUAACUAAUUGAAGAUAUCAGUGGAAUCAAACCUUUCCUAAAGUCUUUCAAUACCUGAGCUGUUUGAAAUGUUCUUUAUGGAUACUUUUUUAAUCUCAACAAUUUAGAUAAAGUCCAUUUCACAGCAGAAUAAAUCCCUGAGCCCAAAUAAUACAUAUAAAUAGCAUGUUAAGCAAUAAAACUGAGUACCUGUAUACUGUAUAGAUUACUGCAUAUACAUAGGUACUGACAACCUAAAGCUUAGUCUUAACUCUUUAAUAAAAAAAAUAUGCAAUAUUCUGGUGCUGUUUCAUAUUAACUCAAUAAAUGUAUGUGAAUAUUUUCUAGAGCUUACCCAGCUUAAUAUGCAAAAUGUACUAGUUUUUGAAUAUGAUAUUAUUGUAAGAAGCACAUAUGAUAGUGUACAUUGUCCACAAAUGAUGUAACUUUAUUGUAAACCACGAGCGAUCGCCUAGAUGGGAGUGUUGUGACAGUGGACACACACACAAAACAUGAAGCCAGUAUAUAUACUAUAUAUACAGUAUAUACAAACACAAACAGGAUUCAGGAAAACAUACAAGCCUCAGCGAGCUGUUUAAGAGUUUACACUCAGAGAGAGAAGAGAGCAGCUGUAUUUACUGUCUGUCGUUGGAAAUAAAUGCAAACCCCCUCCCUCA